CAAACAAAUCAACUUAAGGUGUACCCGGUGCGAAGCACGGGUUAUUAAGGAGAGCACUAUUUGGCAGAAAAGUGGAAAACCCAAUAGGUGCUCUUGCUUUAGUCUCCACAGAGCUGUUAGUUAGGGUUUAUCAGAGAAGAUAUGCAAGGAACAUUAAUCAACUCCUCAUUGUUACUUCCACAACAAAUUAGUUUAAUUUCAAAAUCUCGAUUUCGUUUAGGGUUUUGCAAAAAUACCCAAAAGAAGAAAUCUGCGAUUUUUAGUGUCAAUGAAACUAUGCGUGAUUCUUCUUCUUCAGUAAUAUUAGCAGAGAAGAAACAAAAUGAGAAAGAAGUGAAGCUCUGGGGAGGUAGAUUUGAAGAAAGUGUUACUGAUACUGUCGAGAAAUUUAGUGAAUCAAUUUCUUAUGACAAAGCUUUGUAUAAACAAGAUAUUAAGCAAAGUAAAGCUCAUGCUACUAUGCUUGCUAAACAGGGUUUGAUGACUGCCAGUGACAGGGAUGCCAUUCUUCGAGGUCUUGACGAAAUAGAGAAGUGUAUUGAAGGAGGGGAGUUUGUUUGGAGAACAGAUAGGGAGGAUGUGCACAUGAACAUUGAAGCAGCUCUUACCGAUUUGAUUGGUGAACCUGCAAAAAAGCUUCAUACAGCUAGGAGCCGAAACGAUCAAGUUGUUACAGAUCUACGACUGUGGUGUCGUGAUGCUAUAGAUAAGAUCCUUUUAUGCAUCAAACGUCUACAGGUUGCUCUAGUAAACCUGGCUAAAGUAAAUGAAGGUCUCAUUGUUCCUGGCUAUACUCAUCUACAGAGAGCCCAACCUGUGUUACUGCAGCAUCUUCUCUUGUCAUAUGUUGAGCAGCUCGAACGUGAUGCCGGACGUUUAGCAGAUUGCAGAAGUCGGCUUAACUUCUGCCCUCUUGGAGCAUGUGCAUUAGCGGGUACCGGCCUACCUAUAGAUAGAUUUAUGACCUCUGAUGCUCUGGGGUUUACUGCACCCAUGAGGAAUAGCAUUGAUGCGGUUUCAGACCGUGACUUCGUUCUGGAAUUCUUGUCAGCGAAUUCAAUUGUAGCUAUCCAUCUUUCUCGACUUGGUGAAGAAUGGGUUUUAUGGGCGUCGGAGGAGUUUGGGUUCCUUACCCCAAGUGAUGCAGUCUCCACCGGUAGUAGCAUCAUGCCUCAAAAGAAGAACCCUGACCCAAUGGAACUCGUUCGUGGAAAAUCUGCCAGAGUUGUAGGAGACCUUGUCACCCUUCUUGUACUUUGCAAGGGACUUCCACAAGCUUACAACCGUGAUCUACAGGAAGACAAGGAGCCUCUAUUCGACAGUGUUAAAACAAUAAUAGGAAUGCUUGAAGUGUCUACGGAGUUUGCGCAAAAUAUCACCUUUAACCAUGAAAGGAUUCAAAGGGCUUUACCAGCUGGGCAUCUUGAUGCUACCACAGUUGCAGAUUAUCUAGUAAACAAGAAUAUUCCAUUUAGGACUUCCCAUGAUAUAGUUGGACGAUCAGUUGCAUUGUGUGUUUCAAAAAAGUGCGAGCUACAGGACUUGUCCCUGGAUGAAUUGAAAAGCUUAAGUCCAAUAUUUGAGCAAGAUGUUUACGAGUACCUUGGUGUAGAGAAUUCAGUAAGGAAAUUCCGCUCGUAUGGAUCAACAGGUUCAGAGUGUGUAAGAGAUCAACUUGGUUACUGGUCUAACAAGCUCGAAAUUGACUGAUAAAGCGAAUUCCUGAAAUAAGUCUAGCUACACGGACGCCAGAUAGAAUUGCAAGGCAAGCAUGUGGCUGAAACCAAACACGUGGUUUGUGGUGCCACUGGACACCCUCACUCCGCAGUUAAGAUGGUUUCUGUUGGCUUUCUGAGUAGCAUUUUUGUACUGAGAUUUAUAUUCAUAUCAGUAGGUAAAGAAGUUUUGAUAAAACCUAAGAUACUGACAUUUUCUUCAUCUUCUUGCAAGUACGUUCUAGUGUUCUAUUUUGAUUUAGAACCUUUUAUAUACUGGAAUGGCUGUUGUAUCUUAUUCUUGGUUCCGAGUUGUGAUGAUCA